AUGGAAAUACUUUUAAAAUUAUUGAUACUCUAAUUAAUAAUUAAGGACUUCAUUGAUAUAGCAUUUAUUUGGCAAGAUAGCAAUUUGAUAACCAUUUGCCUGAAUGUUAUAUCACUCAGUAUCGGGAUGAUACUUUUCAUCUUGAAUUAUUGGAAAAUUUCAAUGAUUUAUGUAAAAGUUGUCCUCUUGGGACUAUGUUUAAUAAAUUCUGAACUUCCGUUUUAACAAAAUAUAAACUUGGCCAACGCUUCCUAUUUUGCAUACACCACCCUUAUCCUAAUUAACAUAUACUCUCACAACCUAUCGACCAGACUAAUAGUCCAUUUUUAACUAUUAUACAUAACCAUCAGGGCUACAUUUACACAACAAAACUAUGAUUUACAUUCUCUGCUCAUCAUCAUCUUCUUAUAACCAAUUAAUCAUUAUAUGAUAAAUUAAAUAGCUUAGGAGAAAUGUUCACAAUUCACUUAAACCUCCGUUUAACAAGAGUCCAAAUUUAAAUAAACCUAAUUUGAAUAAGAUUAAUUAUUAUCAAGUGAAAGUAGAAGGGACUAUCUCAAGUGUGAUUUAAAUGAAAGUAUCAUCCUCAAAGCCCUAGACGUAGGGAUAGAAUCUCCUCAAUAAGAACAUAAAAAUAUUGGAGUUAACAAAAAUUUUAUGGAUUAAAGAAUCAUAGUGAAAAAAUAACCAAAUAAUUUAUCCACACCUGUUUUAUCAGAUUCCAAUUGUAAUUUAGAACCAUUAAAACUUGAGAAAAAUCCCAGCACAAAGUAUUCAGAAAUAGUCUCAAUUAUGAAUAACUUACCUUUUGGUAUAUUGUUUGUAGAUUCAUCCUUAAAAGUUUUAGACUCAAACCAAAGAGUAACUCAAUUGUUAGGGUUAUCAAACUCAGAUGACAUUAUUCAAUUCCUAGAUUAAGCAAUACAAAGUGGGGACUUCUGCGAGUUUCGAUCCUCAAAAAAAGUUAGAAAACCCCAAAAAUCACCCAGUAAACUGACAUUUCUUAAAUAGCCUUCAAUUAGUCCAUAAAAAAAAUACAUUGAUGAACACAUCCCUGAUGUUUUUUCAUAAUACAACAACAAUGCAUCCCAAUUUAAAGGAGAUAGUGAUGGCAAUAUUGGAAAAAAUCUCAAAUCCAUUUUUUAGAAUUUUAAAAAAAUCCAUCAAAGUCAAUUAACCUCCAUGUCUCGAGAUAACUUCCAAUACAUAAUCAGAAUGGAUAAUAUGAAUACAUCUAGUGCUAAAGCCAAAUAUAAGAGUUUGAAGCUCAAAAUAUUUUAAUUGGAAGGUUUUGUCUAAUGGGAGUCAGUGGUUUAUUUAUUCAUUUUGGAGAACAUCACCAAGCGAGAAGAAUAUAAAUUGCUUAAUCACAAAUACAAGUUCCAACAGGCCUUGCUAAACUCCCUAUGUCACGAAUUAAGAACCCCUAUCAAUGGAACAGUAUCUUAAUUGUAUGCCUUGAAGGAUGAAUUGUCUUAAAGUUUGAUUGAAUCUCAUUUGGAUCCAGCUAUUGUAUCGACUAAGAGAUUGCAAUUCCAACUCAAUGAUAUCUUAGAUUAUGCUUAAAUUUAAUGUUCCUCCUUGAUCUUAAACAAAUCCUGUUUCAAGUUGUAGGAAGUCUAUCAACAACUCUUUGAGCUCUUCAAUUUCGAAUGCGUCUAAAAAAACAUCAAUCUCAUCAUUGAAAAUGUGAAUCAGAUCUCAAUCUAUACAGAUAAAGAAAGACUGAUAAGAAUUUUCAUUAAUUUAUUAGAUAACUCAGUCAAAUUUACAAAUCGAGGAGGCACUAUCAAAAUGAUUACUCAGACAAAUCCUCUUUACUAUAAACUAUCAAUAGAGGAUGAUGGAUAGGGUAUAUCAGAAGAAAUCAUCUAAAGAAUUGAGGAGUAGGCAGAAUUGUUGUUUCAAGAUUCACUUCAAUAUAAUUCUAAUAAACUUGGGUUGGGUUUAAGAAUUUCAUAGUAGUUAGCCAAAUAUCUAUACAAAGAUCAGAUUUUUGAGAUUGAUUCUGUGUAUGAAAAGUACACAAAAGUGAGUUUUAGACUAUCAAAUCAAAUAUAGAAUUACUCGAAUGAAUUUGAAAUAGACAAACGACAAUUUGCUUAGCUUUCACAAUGUGAUUGUAGCAAAAUCUUGAUAGUUGAUGAUAUAGGUUGCAACCAUUUUGCCUUAUAAGUCUUACUAAAAAAGUUCAAGUUGAAGACCGACAGUGCCUAUAAUGGGAAUUCAGCAAUCGACUUAGUCAAAGAGAGAUUGUCGUAGAAAUGUUGCAAGACAAAUGCCCGGGAAAAAUCUGGGUUUCAGAAGCUUCUUAAGAGGUAAGAAGUUUUUAAUAUCUAGAUAACUUAAUUAUUGAAAGCGCAGAAUUUGAAUGAAAUUUGCAUAAUAACAAUGUAUUCAGCUUACUCUGGAGAUGAAGAUGUACUGAUAGCAAGUUAAUGUGGAAUGAAAGAACGUAUUUCUAAACCAACUGACAUACAAAAGUUAGAAUAUCUUGUUAAUAAGUACCUACUUUGA